AAUAUUCCCCUGAAGUUCAUUUGUCCUUCAACUAAGAUGUCUGAUUAGAUAUUAGUCAUAAUCUGUUGUCUGUGUAAAUACUUUAUUAAUUUUGUAUGCUUCGGUAACCCAUGUGGAUCUAUACCCUAUCAGAGUAGUGUUAUAUGGUAGCUGUGAACCUAAAUGACACAUUUAAAUUCACUUCUGGCUAUUUAUCUUAAGGUUCGCUUUGAGUUUUUAUGUGUGAGCAUCACUUUAAGCAUUGUUUGUGUUUUGGGCCAUGCAUGGUUUUAGGUGAAACUUUGCAUGUCUAUGCAUUGUGUAGAUCAGUGACCCUGUGUCUGUCAUGGACUUGAAUAUCAGUCUGCACUGGUUUUACACCUGUAGCAGUCUAUGCCUGUUUACUAAAACGUUUGAAAAGGAGAAAUUCCCGUCUGUGAUCUGACACUGUGCGCUUAAGCUGUGUAUAUCUCGCUUUGAAUGUGUAUCGGUGAGUCUGUCUCUGGCCCUCAGGGUGACAGCAAUCUUUUGGAACCUCAGCCAGGUGUAUGUGUCCUAAUGGCACGUGGGAGGGGCAUAAACUAGCUUCUCUCAUUUCCCUGGCAAAUACUGUCACCAUUUCCCUUUUCAUGUCACAAGCCAAACAGCAUCUAGAGAUUAUAUUGCAGAAAUGGAAUGUGUUGGAGUCACCAUGUUUCUUCUCAUGUGCACCUUAUUUCUCGCUGUUCAUGGUACGGACUCUGAAUACAUUUCGCUGGAGCCCACACAACAUGGGAGAAAGGGGGACUCUAUGCUCCUCAAAGUGGAGACUCAUUUCAAUUCCCAGAAUGUGACGUUCCAGGGGACCUGGUACAAGACAAAGCCCAUUUACACUCAUUUGGCCACUUUCACCAAGAGCAAUGUUAUCCUAAAUAUGCGCCUAAAGAGCAAUACAGUAAUCAACCUGCCCAAUGUCUCACUGUAUAUUGAGCACCUGGAUGAGGUUGCAGAGGGGGAAUACCAGAUGGAGAUUAAUCUCAUUUUCCCAGGAAGCUCCAAGCCAGUGCCUGUCACAAAGACAGUGACAGUCACAGUCAGUGUGCCUGUAUCCAUCCCCAUUAUUAGCAAGACCCCAGACUCAGAACUCGUGGAAGACAGGGACAAUGUGACACUGACUUGCUCUGUUGAAAAUGGGACAAAUGUUCAUUACAAAUGGCUGAGGAACAACAAUUUGGUAGGCCUUAGUGAUCGGUAUACUUUCUCACAAGACAAUGGCACGCUUGUUAUAAACCCUGUCAAGAAAGAAGACAUCGGCCAAUACGUCUGUGAGGCCAAAAACCACAUCAGCGUUGAGCUAAGCAAACAGACUGAUCUCAGUGUGUUCUAUGGGCCUUAUAACCUGGCAGUAAAUUCUGACCAGGGUCUGAAAACAGGAGGGGUGUUCACAGUGAACCCAGGGGAACUGGUCUUUUUUGAGUGUCUUGCGGAUUCAAACCCUCCAAACACCUGUGUCUGGAUCUCAAAGACAAAGAACGGCACAGAGGUUCUUAUGACUGGGCCAAGGUUUGAAGUGACAUCGUAUGAGUUAGCUCAAGCUAAAGAGUUCUUGUGUAGAGCAUUCAACAAUGUGACAAAGAAGCAGGAUGAGACUAAGUUCACGCUGGUGGUGGCCAGUCUUGGCAAAGGAAGAGAGAAACAUAUUCAGGAAGGGAGUGCGCUGUCUCCCUUGUCUUUUAUUACAAUCGCAUCAGUGGUCAUCAUUGUGUGUAUGAUGUUUGUGCUCCUAAGGAAGAGCUGCCAUCCAAGAAGAAUUAUAAAGACUAUGUACAGGCGUCCUACGACAGAGCAGAGAGGACUGCACCGCUCUGGUCAUGAAGAUGCAACUGAAGACUUUGGCAUCUAUGAAUUUGUCUCCGUACCUGGGAAAAUGGAAUCAACACAGGCAUCCUGCAGGUCUUUGGCACGGUUCGAUUCAGUCAAAGAUUUGCAUACCACCAUCUAUGAUGUCAUCAGACAUGUGCCUGAAACUCCGACACUGAGUCUGUUGAAAUGAGAGAGAGAGAGAUGGCUAGUCAUGUGUGCUGGAUAUAACAACGACUUAAGUCAUAUCACAAUUUUCUAAUUUCCGUCACAUAUUUAAGCAAUUCUUUUUUGUUUUACAUAACCGUUUAAUUUAUAUUCUAUUAAACAAAAUCAGCAAUUUUCACAAGUGCUGGGCACUGAUGUUUUUAAUAUCUUCAAAGGAAUAUAUGUAAAUGAGAACUAUGAAUGUUUUUUUUUUCUGUAGCAUCUGGCAUAAUGAAAAUAAUAAGAGUAUUGAAAUAUAAAUACAGUCAGCAGCUAACAAUAUUGUUUUUCUUGCAUUAUUAAUGUAAAUAUGAUGUAAAUAUUUGUACGUUGACACUGUAUUUUUGCACACUGCAAUGUAUUCUGUGAUAUUGCUCAUUACAUGCGAAGAUGCCACAUAACCGUUCCAUACAUUGCAUAGGUAGCAGUUUUUCGAAUUUAAAACAGACAUCUUGUGAAUGUUUGUUUACUAUGCAUUGCACAUGCACCUGUUAACAUUUUACACUCGGACUCAGAUAAUUUGAAAAUAAAGAUUUUUGGAAAUAUUUUAGUAACGUUUUCUUCAUUAUUUUUUUUAUAAUCCAUGAUAUUUCUUUAUAAAUCUUUAUAAAUCCACCUUUAUGUUU